CCUCUCUCAUGUAGCCUCCAUCCACCAUGGCUUCCCCUCGCCUGGAGACCUUCUGCUGCCCCAACAGGGACUUGGCCACAGAGUUGGUGUUGGACUUCCAGCCUGUCCUGUUCAGCGCCCUGUGUCUGGGCAGCGCUGGUCUGAGCCUGAGCCUGACCCUGCUCCAGGUCCUUCCCAAGAGGAGCCAGGGCUACCGCAGGCUCAGCCAAUAUCCACUGCAGAAACCUCUCGCCUCCUCCAGCAUCCUGCUCAUCAUUAGCCUCUGUGACAUUCUGGGCUGCAUUGGAAUAAUAACCAGAUCAUCAGUAUGGCUUGGUUUCCCAGACUUUGCUGCUAAAAUAUCUAUUGUAAAUGGAACUGAAGUGUGGCCAACUGCCUUCUGUGUUGCCAGUGCAAUGUGGAUUCAACUGUUCUACAGUGCCACUUACUGGUGGCUAUUCUGCUAUGCUGUAGAUGCCUACCUUGUUGUAAAGAGAUCAUCUGGACUAAGUAUAAUAGUCUUGUACCACAUGCUGACUUGGGGUCUGGCAAUCCUGCUGUGUGUUGAAGGAAUAGCCAUGCUCUAUUAUCCGUCAAUUUCCAGCUGUGAAAAGGGGCUGGAGCACGCAGUUCCUCACUACAUCACCACCUAUGUGCCGCUGCUGCUUGUUUUAGUUGCUAACCCCAUUCUCUUCGGGAAAACCGUGUCUGCAGUUGCUUCGCUGCUUAAAGGAAGACAAGGUAUAUACACGGAGAAUGAGAGGCGUCUGGGGACUGGAAUCAAAUUGAGAUUUUUCAAGAUUAUGCUUGUGUUUAUUAUUUGCUGGAUCCCAAAUAUCAUCAAUGAGAGUCUUUUAUUCUACCUCGAGCUGCAGCCAGACAUGAGCCAAGAUCUUCGGAAGAAUGUCAGAAAUGCUGCCCUAAUCACGUGGUUUAUAAUGGGUAUCCUGAAUCCCAUGCAAGGCUUUCUCAGCACGUUAGCAUUUUAUGGCUGGACUGGCUGGGACUUUGACCUCCGUGUCCAGAAGCAUGAAAUCCCCUGGGAAUCACCGUCCACCUCCACCGCGAUGGACCGUCCCUAUACCAACCCCGUGGCUGCCUCGCUCAACUAUCACGGCUUCCUCCCAGAGGACGAGAAGCUGAUGGACGAAAACCACGAUGGUAUUGGCGACCCCUCGGAAGGUUCUGAGGCCAGUACAGUUGAAUUGAACGUGUCAAGUGAACUGCACGACAUAGACGGCAUAGAUGCCGAUAGUGAAUCACUGAAAAACACUGAGAGGGCGUAACUGUUGGUGAGAUGAAUGAGUUCCGCGCCACCUUUAAAUGUCGUCCUGAAAAUCUGUCCGAACCCCAUUUAAUACCAUUCUGAACUAGUUUUGCAAUCUGUUUAAAAUAUUGGCUGUGUUAAGGAAUGGUGGUGUGUGUAGGGGAUUUAGAAGUGCAUGCAGUGCGGACUUGGUUUGAGAAGGUAUAUUAUGUUCAUGUCAUUUGCUAUCUCCAGCCCUGCACACUGUGUAAUCCCAUGCAGUUAGGUAACUAGUUCCAAUCAUACUUUGCUUUAGAAGAGUAGAAGAACGGUUAUUAUUGUUGUGUCCAUCAUGUUUUACAAUACAAUAAAUGUUAGAGAUGCUCAAUAAAAUGUCU